GACGAGUUUUACCUUAGCCGCCCUUCUCAUUUCUCCACCCGUGUGUCCCCACUUUCCAUGGAAUCAGUGACCGUGUCAACUAUAAACAGUGACAAGAUCUAAUUUGGGCUUCGACCUGCCUGUGGUAUAUAGGUCCAGGAUCAUACCAACAUGGCGACGGUCUGCACGGGGGUACAGCGGGAUUAUCUGGAGAGUCUGAACUACAUGAGGAGCAUGAUCACAGAAACCGAGCGUGAUUUAGACAACCUGAAGCUCAGCUUCUACCAGUGCUCCGAGACUGAUGAAGACAAGUACGAGGAGUACCUCAAGCAGUGUGACAACUGGCUUCUCCAGGCCAACAACCACCUGAGGCGGAGAGAGGUGACUUUGGAGGUGAUUGACGGAGAGGUUAAGAUCGUAGAGAUGCUGAACCAAUUAAGGGAGACGGAAGCAGAUGGCGACACCAUCGUCGCCAUCACGGAACUAUGGGAAAACCUCAAAGUAGCCUCCGAAGCCUUGCAGACGACAGUGUCAAAGUUCCAGACAAAUGUGCUGAACAGGUUAAAAAUGUACUGUAUGAGUUACACCAGCUCGAAUAUCAGACUGGACGUAACCAGCAGGUACACGGACGAAGUGUCCGGAUACCUGUCGGAUUUAGAGACAGUCAUUCUUAACUCUCAUACCUUAUUGAAGAGCUUCCCUGGAGGCCUUCACCAAGAGUUGUUCACGAACACUCGCUUCUCAGAAAGAGUUCUUGUGUGUUGUGAUCAAAAGGCAUUCCCUAUUUUGCGAUAUAUUCCUGAUCUGACGGAAAAAGUUCUCUCAAUGUGCGCUGUGGCAAGGAAGUGGUUAGAUCGAGAUGAAACUUAUGUUUAUGAGAUUAACAACUACAUCCGGGAAACUCGGACAAUGACGCGGAAACGUGCGGAAGUUUUGAAAACGGAGAAGGAAAAACAGAAAAAAGUGGUUAAAACUGUGAAAGCCGCUUCGAUACUGUGCCAAAACAACAAACAAAAAUUACAAAAGAUAGAAACUGAACUAAACGAGUUAGAACAUCAAAUUACCAGUGUGAUGUCCGAGAAAAAGGAUAAAUGUGUGGAAAAGCAACAGAAGGAGUCUAUGGUUGACUUUCUAAAAAUCAGCAUUUCUCAAACGAAACGAAAUUACACUCUUCAGCUCAAACGUUCCAGACUUUUAAGACAGGUGAAAGAGCUUGAGCAAAUGCUUGAGUUCAUUGAGAACGAGUUAAGUGCGAUGCACGAACAAGUAGUCGUGAAGGUUCAGGAGAAAGAAGUUCAGAAAGAGAAAGUUGAGACGAGUAAGCGAUCUUGUAAUACUCUCAGGAGUGAGUUGGAGCGGUUUACCGAGAACUUGGAUCAGUUAGAGGCCGAAGUGAAUGACCUAUCUGGUCAGCUGUUACAACUGGAGAUCAUUCACACGAUAAAGACGAGUCCGGAGAAAGUAGAAGAGAUCUACGAGAGACCUACCAGCGUUAAACUGGCGCCGUCUCUCAAAGAGAAAAUUAAACGGCGGAGAAAAAUGGCUCACAACACUGGUCGAUUAAAGUGAGCGUUCCCACACUUAUUAGUCUGUGGGAUACUGUCUAGUGCUAGUGUCAGAUGAACAUACAUGUUAACAUCUAUGGGAAAUACCAAUUCGUAUUCAUCCUUAUCGCUAGCUAAAUAGAGUAAAUAUCCAGGGACAGGGUGUUAUCGUGGAUAAGAAUGAAUUGCGUCUGGACAUAGAAAUGUGGAGUGGACAGUCUAUUACGUGCUAUCAGUUAUGAAGUGCAUGACAAGUACAUGUAUAUGGUAUAUUUGCAUUAGCGCAGGAUCUUGACAAAUUAACGAUGUCAGCGCUGACACUUUCUCAGGAAAAGUUUGUAAUAUGAUUCUGAAGGUAUUACCGCCUGAACGUCAGUAUAUCUAUACUCUGUGGUAAAGUGCAUAAAUGCAAUUGACACAUAGACCCACCUGUGUCCUGUAAAAUCAGAGCUUCCUUCCAACAUAAUAGCACGUUUAUUAUAUAUGUCUAUGAAAAAUAGUCAAUUAUUUUUACCCCUUCAGUAAAAAGGUUAAUAGUUUCGUGUUGAAAGCAGACAAAGCUGUGUUCAACAAAUUGAAAAGUUAGAUUCUUACACGAUGGUAUGUUUAAACCCGAUCGGAUAUAUUUUAUCUGAUAUAUUUUAUCUACGCAAUCCCUUUGAAAUGUGUUUAUUGUGUUGUUUUCUUUCCUAAAGGCCACCGGGCACCAAACAUUCUUAUUGUGUAUGCAAUGGUACAAUUGGAUACUACUUACAAAUUAUAAGUGCAUCUGGGAUAUUAAAUGAAUGUAGGGGGAUUGGUCUAUGUCAUGGAUUAGCAAAAGGUAGGCCUGUAUUUUUUGACUAAAUACAGGACUU